AAUAAAAGGCAGCAAUCAUUAUAUUUUUAUCAUUAUUGCGAUUAUAAGUACCUACAAUUUUAACUAUGAUGUGGUCCAAUCGUUUUGAAGCUGAUUAGAAUUUGACUUAAUUUAAGAAAUGAAUAUGAAUAUGUGGUUAUAGUGUAGUGCUAUUAUUCAGUAUUUGUAAAAAUGGCAUAUCAAACACUAUAUCAAGAGUAUAUGCUCGUACCUCCCGUAACUAGAGCUUAUACCACCGCUUGUGUCAUCACAACACUGGCUGUGCAAUUGGACCUUGUUUCACCAUUUCAACUAUACUUCAAUCCAAACCUUAUUUUGAAGAAGAUUCAAAUAUGGCGUUUGCUGACAACAUUCCUUUUCUUUGGAAAUUUAGGAUUUAAUUUUUUCUUUAAUAUGAUAUUUACAUACAGAUAUUGUAGAAUGUUGGAGGAAGGAUCUUUCAGAGGGAGGACAGCAGAUUUCGUUGUCAUGUUUAUCUUUGGUGGAACACUGAUGAUUUUGUCUGCAUUUUUUGUUAAUUUAUUAUUUUUAGGUCAAGCAUUCACUAUUAUGAUUGUGUAUGUAUGGUCUCGUCGAAAUAUAUUCGUUCGCAUGAACUUUUUUGGUCUCAUGAAUUUCCAGGCUCCAUAUCUUCCAUGGGUAUUGCUAGGUUUCUCGGUUUUACUUGGUAAUGCAAUAUCUGUUGAUUUAGUAGGCAUGGCUAUCGGACAUAUAUAUUUCUUCUUAGAAGAUGUUUUGCCAAGACAAAGAGGAGGUCAAAAGUUCUUGAAAACACCUGAAUUUCUAAAAAAACUUCUUGACCCAGCACCUGAUGCACCGGAAUAUGAACAUCUCCCUGACAUGGCUAAUGAGCAGCCUGGACUAUAAUUUGGGAGAUUGGACGCAAUGCCGCUCAAAAUAGAUAAUUUACGAUCCAUUUUAUGCAAAUUUAGAACGAUAAGUUGAAUAUAAAUAUCACUGGGCGUAAGGAAUCUGUGUAAAUGUACAAUUUAUUAACAUGUAUGUUAUUUUAGUUACUAUUUAGUUUUUAAUUUUAUUAGUUAAGAAGAAUUUCUUAGUAUUGCAAUGUAUCUUCCAUGCUUAUUCGUUUCAUGAGAAAGAAAUCGAAAUUAGAAUAUGUAUAAUCGUAAUAUCUAAGAUAGAUCUCCAUAUAAAUGGUAAAUAUUGCAUUUUAUGUAAAUUUAUUCAUCUAUUGUGAUGAAAUUAAUUAUUAAAUUUCAAUGAAAAUUUCUUGUUAUAUUUAAAUGUGAAGAAUGAAACUAAUCUCAAAGUAUUUUACGUACCAAAGAUGACACAGUGUUCAUUUCUAUUCCAUUGCAGAACAUCAUACCAAAUAUUUUUAUUUUUGUAGUAGAAAGGGAUUUAAAAAUAAUAAUAUUGUAGAGAGGCAGCAGCUCUAUAAGUUGUAAGGAAGGAAUAUAUGGUUCAUGUAAUUUAUUUAUAGA